UAUGACUGGGAAAAUACUUGUAAUUCUCUUCAUUGGGUUCUUGGCAUUUGUUUAUCAGUCAAUUCAACCACCUCCUCCCAAAAUUUGUGGUUCACCAAAUGGACCUGCUAUUACUACACUUAGAAUAAAACUCUUUGAUGGAAGGCAUUUGGCUUAUAAAGAGCAAGGUGUUCCAAAAGACAAAGCAAAGUACAAAGUUGUGUUCAACCAUGGAUUCAGCUGUUGUAGGCAUGACGUUGCUUUCUUCAGCACCCUUUCUCCUGAUGUUAUUGAGAGUUUGGGAAUAUACAUUGUUUCAUUUGACAGACCUGGUUAUGGAGAAAGUGAUCCGUGUCCACAACGAACGCCUAAAAGCUUAGCUCUCGACGUUGAGGAAUUAGCAGAUCAAUUGAAAUUGGGAUCCAAAUUUUAUGUUGUUGGAUUUUCCAUGGGUGGACAAGCAGUUUGGGGCUGUCUCAAAUAUAUUCCUCACAGAUUGGCAGGAGCAGCACUUCUAACACCUGUGGUUAACUAUUGGUGGCCUAAUUUCCCUGCAAAUUUGUCUAGAAAAUCAUAUUAUGAUCAACUUUUGCCUGAUCAAUGGACACUUAGAGUUGCUCACUAUCUUCCCUGGCUGACUUACUGGUGGUUCACUCAAAAGUUUUUUCCUUCUUCUAGUGUUGCGGCUCAUAGUCCUGAUAUUUUAUUUACUCAAGAUAUGCAAUUAGGACCCAAAUUUGCUGCCUCUCAAGAACAAUAUCGGACACAAAUUACACAACAAGGGGAAUUUGAAUCACUCCAUAGAGAUACAAUGGUUGGAUUUGGUACAUGGGAAUUUGAUCCAAUGGAUUUAAAAAAUCCAUUUACAGACAAUGAAGGAUCUGUUCAUAUAUGGCAAGGUGAUGAAGAUGGACUUGUACCUGUAACUUUACAAAGAUAUAUUGCUGAAAAAUUGCCAUGGAUUCAAUAUCAUGAAAUUAAAGGUGGCGGUCAUUUAUUUCCUUAUGUUGAUGGAAUGGGAGAUAAAAUUAUCAAGACAUUUCUACUUGGAGAAAAAUUUGUACUAUAAAGAUAUAUUAGAAGUAUAGGCGUUCGGCCAUGAUUUGCUAAUUUUCAAGAAAAAAGGGUAUUUAAAGUUUUUU